AUUGAGAAAUGUAAUUAUAAUUAUAAAAAUUCUUAUCAAAAACUCAUUAUUAAAAUUUCCUUCGAAAGAUUAGAAGAUUAAAAGAUAGUAGAGUUAACUCCGUUUAUAAACACGCAUAGCUUCAGUAAGAGCGAGAUAAAAGAAAAAAAAACAUAUCGUGCUAUCUUCCUCUUAAAACGAACCAAGCUGACCAACCUAGGUCUAAAACGUUUGGUCGACUCGUAUCGUUCCCUCUUACGAAACGCUUCGCGCAUGGAACAAAAAUAAACGCGCAUUCGAAAGGAGCGCGUCGUUGGCGCGUCGGUGGCGUCAUCGCGAUUCGCAUGCGCGAAAUUAUCGAGCGGCUGUGACGAGCGAGAGUCGAGUCGUCGGUUUCGUUGUCUGUCCCUCCGCCGUGGCGAGCGUAAACUGAACGGUGCGUGGCGUGACCGUGCGAGUAAGAGGCGAGCAGUAGCCUGAGCACGAGCGAAUCCAAUCUCGCGACGGCAACGAGUCUCGGCUGAAGAGAAAAAAACUAAGCCAGUAUGGCCACCUCGAGGAGAAGAUCGCGCAUCUAACAACGGGAGGCGAGAUGCCGAUCUCAGCCGGUUCGCGGCUGACCUCUGUCGUUCCGUUCGGUUCCUACGUGACCACGUCUCUCGGCUGGCCGUGAUUCGAGGGAAACGCGCGCCUCGCCUCGCCUCGUCUCGCCUCGCCUCGCUCGCUGUUGUCUCUCUCUCCGAGUGAUCGUGGCGACAGAACGCCAGCAGGAAUCGCGGCGUGAAAGCACGAGGAGGGCUGGGCAUGGCCACUCUGGCUGGCAGCUCGUCGUCGGGCCUGGCCAGGCCACCGACCAUGCUGGAGCAGCUUCUCGAGGAGAUCAACUUUCAGAGGACCAAGGAGCUCCGACAGAUGCUCAAGGAUGACUCCGGCUUCGUGAUACUUCAAGGUACAACCUACUGGACGGACCUGUUUGUCAGGCACUUCCUCUUCCAGGCAGAGCACACGAUCGACGGCGACGACUUGCUGUUCUUCGUGCGAAAGAAGCACGUGAAGACGUCGUCGAGAUACUUGCCAAAAUUCGAGACGGAGGUGGACGUGUUCCGGAAGGACAGCAAGAAGCUACCUAUCGGCGAUCCCGACAUCGAUUGGGAGGAAACCGUGUACCUGAAUCUGGUCGUGCAUCAAUUCGACUACACGCUCACCUUGGCUAUCUGCACAAGGACGAGCCCCAAGGAAUUGCAAGUAUUGCGCAGGCACUCGCAAAAAGUGUACGCGAGCCCCAGCCGAAGACGAAUGGACGCGAAGGGUGAUCUCGAGGAGAUGACCUACCCGCACAUAUGCUUCAUGGUGGACAAUUUCGACGAAGUUUUCUGUGAUAUUCUAGUCAGGGACGGGGAGAUGGUGUGCGUCGAAUUGGUGGCGUCCGACAGGGAGGGCGCGAUUCAAGGUGUAAUAUUUCUCGGCUCUAUCAGAUACGACGCCCUGAAGAAAGUAUACGACGCCAGGUCCAGCUUGAGCACCAAAAUGGCGCAGCGAAUGACCUUUGGCCUGUUUUCCGGCGCGGCCUCCCAGCGCAUAGAAUUCGUUCGAAUGAAGGGGCCUCGUGGGAAGGGGCACGCGGAGAUGGCUGUGACGAAGCCGAAGGGUUCGGGGGCUGAGACACCGACCUCGGAGCCCGGCUACUGCGCCACCGAUUCCCUGUGGGACGCCGACUGGGACGACGCCGAGGAGCUGUUUUUGUAUCGGCAUCAACGAAGGCUGUCCGACCCGAGCGCGAAUCUGAACAAUUUCGUGCGCGGCGGGUGGAGGACGAAGCCGGAUACGGCCGCGACCAAGGCAAGGUCGGAGAACGAAGGUCUGGACUCGAUGGCGAACGGGUUGAACGAAAUCGAAGCAGGAGACGUCCGUGACGCCGACCUACAGGAUAGCAGCUGGGGCGGCCGGGGCUCACCAGGAAAUCACAGGAGUCCGCACGUCAGGCGACGAAGAUCCCCUCACGUUCCCGCCAGGCAACAACGCCCGAAACACAAGCAACAACGUAACUCGUGGGAGCGUAGCGAAAACGAGAACGGAACGUCGAAUCACAAGGAGGCCUAUCGCGACCACACACACGAGAAACACGGCACGAGCGCGCCCACUGUGAAUCGCAUCGAAUCGAUACGAAUUGUCCGGUUGGUGGCAGGCCUCCAGAAUCACCGGCACAACCAUAUCGAGGUCGGUAGCGAGAUACUCGUUCCCGCGGCCCCCUGCCUGACGGACGACAACGUGAGACAGAAGCUGGACGCGGGCGCGAUACUGGUGCACGGGAAGGAGGAAUUGCCGUUUGCGGGCUACGAGGAGGCGGACAAUAACAGGAAGCGAAGGCCGUACAGCACGGGCCAGAUCAAUCACGAGCGGGUCAACAACCUGGAGAACGACGAGGAGCAACGGCGGCUGAGCGACGACGAGUUGGUCAGGGUCCGCCGCGCGGAGGGGGGGCGCAGGCGUCUACGCUCGGCCGGCUCCGACCAGGAGGAAUACUACACGGGGCGGAACAAGAACAGAAACGAGGACCAGUUGAGAGAUAGAAACGCGAACGCGCGAAUUACGCGCGGCAACGUGACCGCGCACAGGCAGAGCGCCACCCUGCCCAGAAGGAGGCGAAGACGAGCGUUGUCGGGCAGCUUCGCGGGCAACCCACUACCCCCGCACCGUGUCACACCAGACGGAACAGCUAUCUACUAUUGGUGCGAGCUCCCGCGCCGCCCCGGCUCACAGGGAUCAUAACGAUGCUUAAGCGACAGAUUCGUUAGCGAUAAUCGAAUUGGUUCUCUGUGUGUGCCGGCAGAGCUGGACGACGGCGCUUACAACCCUCUGUGGACUAUGAGAGGAUUCACGCAGACGUUCCACUUCUGGAAAGAGACUAGGCGAGCCCAAUCCGUUCCCCUCAACGCGUUUCUCACCUACAUCACUCUGCCUUGGUGGAGCAUUGCCAAAGGUGAGAUAGAGAGAAACGUUCGCGGGAGAAAAUUCUUUAAACGGAUUAUUAUUUUUCUUUCAGAUAUUCUCGAUCAUCGAGAAGGACCUAUAUUAACGUUCUAGCCGACACGAGGACGUCCCGUUUUUAUUUCUAUCGGAUCUCUCAUUUCCAUUUCGUUCCUCACUUUGUACGCAAUUGGAUAGAACGCGCGAGACAAAAUCGAAGAUGUAUAGAAAAUAAGAAAUAAACGAGAUACCAUUUAUAA